AACUUGCUACAGACCACAUGAAAUCUCCAGUAAUGCGAUGUCAAAGUAGCUUGUUGAACUUCAAGAGAGCGCUAUCUGAUCCGACUGAACUUCUUCAAUUCUGCGCCUCAUCAUCAUCAUCAUCAUCCUCAUCCUCAUCCUCACUUUUCACCUGAUGACACGUUUCUCGGGGAUUGUUCCAGGCGCCUUUCCCUCUCUGUCUCUCACGUCUCUGGCACUGAAAGUUUGAUUAUUGUUUUAAAAAAAAGUGGAAAUGAAUAACACCGGGUUCAACCAAACGGAGGGUGGACUGCUCAACAAGACUGAGGAGCUUUUCUGCUGCAACUUUUCCUCCGUGGUGACUGAUAACGGCUUUGUGGCAGCUGCUCCGGAUGAGAGGAGCCUCUUCGUCAUGAGGGUGGUCCAGAUAGCCGUCAUGUGCGUUUUGUCCCUCACGGUGGUUUUUGGCAUAUUUUUCUUGGGUUGCAACCUUCUCAUAAAGUCAGAGGGAAUGAUAAACUUUUUAGUAACGGACAGGAGACCGUCUAAAGAAACGGAGGCAGUUAUUGUUGGAGCCUACUGACUGAAGACGACCUUUAUAUAAUGAUUUGAAUCAGAUCUGAAGUCUAGUGAAGACAGAUGGAAGACAAAGCUAUGAUCCACAAACAAGCCCCUGUUUUCAUAUUGGUGUUUAGAGGUAACUAAACCCUGCUGGUGACUGCAGCUCACAGGUGUUCACCUAAGUUAUUCCUUGUGGCUUUUUAACGCCAACAAAGACUCAACGAUCUCCAAGGGGUAUAGUGCGUGUUAUGCCUCUUUGUUUAUAAAGUAUUCAAUCAACCACUGUUGUACUUUCAGUAGUUGGAGCACCGUUUGUCAAGCAGCAUCCUCGUGAAGUGUCGAAAAAAAGUCUUCGCAUUUGCUGCUUUAAAAUACCCUCUCAUGUUGCUAAUGCAAUGGAGAGAUUAAUGUUUAAACAUGUACUGUAUGUUGUAUGUGUUUUUGCAUACAAUAUGCAAUUCAUUAAUCGGUGUAUUUCUCUGGAUUCCUGUUGAUGACUGUAUGAGUGUCUGCGUUGGCAGUGGAGAAAAAAACCAACAUGCCGUGUAAAUUCUGUUAAUUGGAAUAAAUUCGUUCUGUAAUUAAAGUCUUCCUCUUAAUUAAAGUCUAUUUCUUCCACCAUGAAUAUCGCCCUCGCCACGCCCUCUGCCAAAGUGAUUUAGAUUUCUAAAAGAUUAAAUUCAGAGACUAGGUAUGUUGUGGUAAUUGUAGAAAAUAACGUUGACAAGACAUAAUGUAGGUUAUUAAUUGUUAUUGAAUUCGACAGGAAAAUGGGUAUAUUAUGAUCAUUUAUUCAUUCAAACUGGCAUCAAGACAUGUGUUUUCUUUGGCAUACGUGUG